AUGGUCGAAACGUCGUUUGGCCACGAGUUUAGAAAACGGUAUUUCACUCUGUUAGAUCCCAGCGUAAUACCACUGAAUCAUGGAUCUUUCGGAACGACCCCAACAUGUGUUAUCGAGAAGCAGAGUGAGAUCUCACAUCGCCACGAGUGGUAUCCCGAUCACUUCGAAACGUUCGAAGCCGAAGAUUUGUACAAAGAACAGAUUUUGGCUUUGGGUCGGUAUAUUGGGGUUGAUGCGAAGAAUUUGGCAUUGGUAACGAAUGCAACCACUGGUGUUAAUACAGUUAUCCGGUCAAUAAAGUGGGACUUCUCGAAUGAUAAGGUUCUGUUGCAUUCUACCUGUUACCAAGCUUGUAAAAAUACCAUCAAGUUCAUGGCGGAAUACUAUGGCUUACGCUAUGACGUGAUUGAACUCAACUAUCCACUCGAAGAUAACGACGUACUCUCCGAAUUCGAUAAGAGACUCGCAACCGGUGAAUACAGGCUGUGUAUGUUCGACAUGAUAUCUUCGAUGCCUGGUUUGAAGCUUCCAUACCAAGAACUCAUCGUGUUAUGCCAAAAGUACGCAACACUGUCUUUACUGGAUGGUGCACAUGCAGCCGGUCUCGUAAAUUUGAGUUUCUUGAAUGAAUUGAAGCCAGACUUCAUGACAACAAACUUACACAAGUGGCUGAGCGUACCUAAGCCUUGCGGGCUGCUUUAUGUACACGAAAAGCAUCAUGGAAUGAUUCAAACAUGCCCUAUUUCUUGGAACUACUCGUUAGAGGCGUGUCAGCAUAUUGAAAACCCUAAAAAUGAACAAGAGAUUCAACAUAAUGAGCAGUUGCUGCACAAGAAAUUUUGGUUCGUGGGCACCGCCAGCUACUCUCAGUAUUUCUGUAUUAAGGAAGCCAUCAAAUUCCGCCAACAGAUUUGCGGAGGCGAGGAAAGAAUCCAUGCUUAUCAACGGAGUUUACAAAUUCAAGCCAUCAAAGUAAUCAAAGAUACUUUUGGCACUGGUUCUGAAUUGCUGCAAAAUGAAGGUAUGACUCUUGUGACACCUGGUAUGUUCAACUUGAGUUUGCCUCUUCCAGAAAAAUAUGAAUGUAUCUCAAAAAAGCUGCAACAAGAUGCAUUUUAUUUCAGAAAGGUCAAAUUAACUUGCGACAGAAUUGCAAUGGAAAGAAAAUCUUAUGUUCCGUUUUUCUUCCAUAGCAAGAAGCUUUGGUUUAGAUUCAGCGUGCAGAUUUUCAACGAAAUUGAAGAUUAUGUCCGCGGAGCACAGAUUCUGAAGGCGAUUAUAUUUGAGACCUUCGAUAAAGAAUUGAGCCUCACUGUCUGA